AUGUUCAAAAGUCAAGCGUGUUUCGAUCGGCAUAAACAGUCAAGCGGAAAAUCGAUCUGUGCGACCCUGGUUAGAUGUCCUGACUGUCAUGGACUUAUCAAACGCUAUAAAAGAGAUUCGCAUCAUUGGGGUAUGUCAAAGUGCCCAAUAUGUAAAGAGUAUACCCGGCCCGGCGACCAUCGAUGUUACAUGCAGCCCGUGGAAAAACGGAACGAAGGUUUAUCGGACAGUGACGAUUCGUCUGAGCACCCUGAGGAUGAUGUUACGGAAGGCGAGUACGACCAAGUGUUAUUCUUUGAUUUCGAGUGUCGUCAGGAAAAUGGAAAUCAUGAACCCAAUUUAUGCGUGAUUCAGAACGAAGCCGGUGACGAAUGGGUAUUUGAAGGGGAUAACACACGGAACGAGUUUUCUGAAUGGUUAUUUCAAAAGGAACGAGCAAAUUGUAUGGUGAUGGCCCAUAAUUUCCAGGGGUACGACAGUUACUUUAUUCUGCAAUACUUACGGGAGAAGGGUGUCAAGUACGAUGUCAUCAUGCGCGGUGCCAAAGUGCUUUUCUUAUCUGUGGACAUGUUCAAGAUCAAAUUUAUCGAUUCCUUGAACUUUAUCCCAAUGAGAUUAGCAGAUUUUCCAAAAACCUUUGGCAUAGACGAGCUGGCAAAAGGGUACUUUCCGCAUCUUAGUGCGUUUGUCAUGGCGGAUAGACGUGCGAUGGAUACCUCAAUAAUUAUUGAGGAUUAUUUCACAUUUCCUCAGCGUUCACAUAAAGAAAAUUCCUUAAUAACAUCGACACCGUCUAAGAUAACUAAUCUUAUAAACACAGGCAAUGAAUUUGCCUGGAAAGGCUCUAUAGAAAGCUUAAAAAUCUUUGUACAAACCGACUUAAAUGUUCAAGGCAAGUGGACUUCCCCUGGUGGGGAAGUAAAGCUCUUUACUAGCAAGAAUUAUGUAAUAAAAUGGUAUGGAAGAAAUAAGAGGAUCGUGCUUGUUAAAGAUGACAAGGAACAAAGUCUCGCCGAGAAAUUUAAAACUUUAGCCAAAUUGAUCCAAGGCGGGUCUAGCUAUUUUGCGGGCCGCGGGCUGCGGGUCAGUUUUUGCGGGCUGCGCAUCAGUUUUUGAGGGCUGCGGGUCAGUUUUUGCGGGCUGCGGGUUAAAACAAUUGCGGGCCGCGGGCCAAAUUGCUGGCCUAAGUAAUUUUUUGUUGCAUGCCAUAUAUGUUGCAUGCAACCAUAGGCGUACGGGCAAAGAUUACAAAAAAGAUUACAAAGUCGAAAAAAAGAUUACAAAGUCGAAAAAGAUUACAAAGUCGAAAAUUCGGGCAAAUGUUCAACAAAAGUCGGGCAAAAGUCGGGCAAAAGUCGGGCAAAAAGUAGUAAAAGCAACAAAAUCUCUCUUAAUAAUAAUCCCAGUUUGUUGGGCAAACAAAGCCAGUUUGGCAAUAUUCGCUUAACGUACAGUCGGGCAAUAUUGGGUUAUUAUAUAAUAAAAUGGGACAAAUUGUGUAAAUUUUGCGGAAAAUUAUGGCGAUUUUCGGGAAAAUUUGUUUGAUGUUCCGAAAAAUUUUGGUAUGUCGGAAAAUUUUUUUGGACCCCUAAAAUGGUACACUGACCGAAAUUUUUUUGGCGACGGUGGGGGGAGGUCGCAAAAAUUAAUUGUUCCGGAAAAAAAUUUUUCAGCACUUGUCGGGCACAAUCCGAAAAAUUCGGGCAAAUUUCUUUCUGCCCCCCUAAUUUUCUCCCGUCCCGUACGCCUAUGCAUGCAACUUUCAUAUAGCUCUAAAUUUCGUGUCGCGGUGAGCGGCGGUGAGCGUACCGGUCACGUAGAAAUUCGUAAAAUACGACAAAUACCGAGUUUUUCCGACAAGCAAUUCAUCACUCAUGCUCGAGGAAAGGGAAAGAAAAAUGUUUGAGUGUUCGCGGAAAAUGUACAUAAUUGAGCGCCUUAGAAAAAUAGAUCAAGGUAGGUAAAGCUUUGCUGGUUUUAAUUUUCCUUAUAUUCUGUUAUUUGUUGUGAUUCUGGAGCAGUUGUGCUUGCAAUGAAUGAUUAUUUAUCAGUCGUUUUUAAUAUUUAAUAUAUCAAAGUGACUAUAUGACCGGCAGCCGGUCACGGUUUAUCAAAUACUAAAUGGCCGGCAGUCUAGUGACUAGGGUCUAGCUAUUUUGCGGGCUGCGGGUCAGGUUUUGCGGGCUGCGGGUUAAAACAAUUGCGGGCCGCGGGCCAAAUUGCUGGUCUAACUAAUUUUUUGUUGCAUGCCAUAUAUGGCAUGCAACUUUCAUUGGCGAGCGUACCGGUCACGUGGCAAAUUCGUAAAAUACGACAAAUACGGAGUUUUUCCGACGAGCAUUUCAUCACUCAUGCUCGAGGAAAGGCAAAGAAAAAUAAUUGAGCGCCUUUAAAAAUAGAUCAAGGUAGAUAAAGCUUUGCUGGUUUUAAUUUUCCUUAUAUUCUUUUAUUUGUUGUGAUUCUGGAGCAGUUGUGCUCGCAAUAAAAUAUUAAUCAUAAAAUGAAUGAUUAUUUAUCAGUCGAUUUUAAUAUUUAUAUUGUGAAGCCUGGCUACGCUAUCAAAAUACCCAAUUUUUUAUAUAUGCUCAAUAUAUACUAUAUUGUGUGCAAAACUUCAAAACAACAGUACAUUUUGUAAAUAGCAUGAAAUAUAUUAAAAUAUCAAACAAAAUUCUCAUUAUACUAUUGAAAUUUAACACAACGAAAUAGUAUUCUACGUCGAUAAUUUCAAUCAUAGUUUAAUAAUUAUUUUCAGUCUAUAGUAAUUCGCCGUUUCCAUGUUUUUUUUUAUACUUUCGAUAAAGCUACAAUAAAGCUAAAUUUGUAGGAAAUAACAUUAUUUAGUUAUAAAAUAGUAUAAAAGGAAAUCUAACAGUCAAUCGCUUUCGAUAAAACCUUGACCUUGUUUAUAUUACCGUCGUUUGCAACUAACGAUGAACAGUCGCUCAUAAAAACAUUGCCUAUUCGCGUGAGAAUCUUAAGUUUUCUUAUUUUGACAUAAUAGCUAUUUUACAAUAAAUAUAUUGAUAUUAAAUUUAUUGAAUCAAUAUUUUAAGUUUCAGGCCAGUUGUACCAAAAGUUAUAAGCGGUAGCGCAUUAUAACCAGGGCACAGAAAGGGUCAUACAGAAGCCCAAUUUCUUGGUUUUUCCUAUGAUUUUCCUAUGAUUUUGGCGGUUAGCACUUUUUUCCAUCCAGCAAACCGCCCUAUCGAUUUUCUAAAGUCGUUUUUUUGCAUUUUUUUAUUAAUUCGAUUAGGGUUAGAGUUAGGGUUGGGGUUAGGGGUUAGAGUAGGGACUAGGUGUAGGGUUUGUGUUAGUUACAUAGCCAUUUAAAGGCCGCUUUCCACUUCAACCGUAUCGUACACGCGUAAAAACGCUCAGGUUGAUGCAAUACUGAUGAAAACAGGAUUGAACAAUGUUUUGCUGCCCACAUUGUUCAUAGCUGUCAACAAUAUUGAACAAUAUUCAGGCUCAACAAUAGUGUUCAAUAUUGUUGACAAGUGUGAACAAUGUGGGCAGCAAAACAUUGUUCAAUCCUGUUGAGCAGCGGGCUCGGCGUUUUUUGCCGUGUACCGAAACGUAGCGUAUUUCUUUGUUUCCUGAGCGCUAGAGUGGAACUAAUGAUUUCAACACAAAAGAAAAUGCUACGAUACGGUCGAAGUGGAAAACAGGUUUCACACCUCUUCUCUCUUCCGAAAAUGACGUCAGGUCAGUUUGCUGGAUGGAAAAUAGUGCUACUAUUAGGAUUGGUGUACAGUUAUCCCGGUCGAAACAGGUUUUAAUGUCUGGUACGACUCAUAAACUGAGAUUCCAUGAUAUUACAAAAAGAAUGAAUUUAAGGAAAAAUUCGUAUGCAUAUGAUUACGAAUAACUUUAGACAUAGAAUAUACUUCAAAGACAGAAAAUUUUGAAUAAUAUUGUUAUUUUCUUUACAUUUUGACAAUAUUUUUUUAAAAAUUCGUCAGGCCCGCAACUAGACCCGCGGCUUCCAAUCGUGUUAGCAUUUUUCUGCCCGCAGCCCGCAUUUUUCUGCCCACAGCCCGCAUUUUGCUGCCCGCAGCCCGCAAUUUUUGGCCCGCAGCCCGCAUUUUCGGCCCGCAGCCCGCAUUUUUCGUCCCGCAGCCCGCAUUUUUCGUCCCGCAGCCCGCAUUUUUUGGCCCGCAGCCCGCAUUUUUUGGCCCGCAGCCCGCAGUUUCGGCCCGCAGCCCGCAACCCGCAGAAUAGUUAAACUCAUCCAAGGCGAAUUCAAAGGUCAUAGCGACGAGCAACACGCGGAAGGCGAAGAUACAUUGGAUAUGGACAAAACUGUUGAGAAUAUAUCGACUAAAAAGACAUCUAUACCUACACAUGCCACAGAAUACCGGGAAGACGUAGAUAAUUCAGAAAUCGAGAUAAAAUCGACUUAA